GCUAUGGGUGUGUGAAGUUUGGAGGACAAAGGUUUGAAGACGUGGAGAUCACAAAGAAGUAUUGCACUGUGCUGCAAGGCAUCGAAUGCUGUGGGGAGAGAGAGUUUCUCCGAGAUGGAUUCCCCUGCAUUAAUGUGUUGCUUGGGUUCCUGGGCAUGGAUCGCUUCUGUCUUGGCCACACUGGGACGGCUGUGGGAAAACUGCUUACCCUUGGUGGUGUUGGCAUAUGGUGGGUAGUGGACAUCGUUUUGCUCAUCACUGGUUCUCUUACACCUGAAGAUGGUAGUAACUGGAAUCCAUAUGUUUGAAAGACCCAGUGUGUAGAUAGUUUAAGGGAAGAGUGAGACUACUGUGCAAUAAAGUUUGUGGUACUUAGUAUUUGCAGUUAAAAAUGGCUUCAGUAACAUACAGCAAUGCCAAAAAAUACCGUUAUCUGGGCCAGGAUGAGGAGGAGCCUGAGGAGUACCAGGGGGAUACCUUGAGACAGAAAAUUUUGAAGGAUCUUUUAAAGAAGCAGCUGUCCAAGCACAUUUCUCUAGAACAGCAGCUGCAUAACCAAAAGAAGUUUGUUAGGUCAAUAUGUGAGGAGUCAGUCACAGCAAACACCAGUGGCCUCGCAUCUUUUGAAGAUUUCAAAAGUGUGGAGUCACUUUUGAAUGUAAAGCAGACAUUAAAAUCAUGUGAUCUCACAGAGUCUGAAAUCCACCUACUGCUUGGUGAAGAGAGCCAGAGCUCCCACCUGGAAGCUCCUCAUGCUAGGAGGCAACGGCUGGAGGCCAUUGAAAAUAAAAUAGUACAUCACAGAAGUUAUCAGGCUUCCCUCCUGGCACAAAAUCAGACCUCUAGCAAUGCAUUGUUGGAUGAUACCCAAAGAGUGUCUGUUUCUGGUGAGGCCUCACAGCCAACCCUACAACAAGACUUCCUCCCAGAGGGCCACCCCAUGAAUCACUUAACAGAGAUAGCAGAGAGCCUGUUCCCUCCAGUGAAGUCAGACAAGACCCAUGGUGAGGAACACAUUGAGAAAAAGAGACAGCGGGAUGAAACAGUGGGUCCUGCUAAACUAAAGAAGAAUAAAAAUGAAAAUCCAAGUUGUAUUUAUUUGACUGAAAAACCAAAGUCCUAUUGGGAUAUGCAACAAAUACCAAAAAUAAUCAGAUGUAACACCAAUCAUCCAGAUGCUUCCCUUCCCCAAUCACCAGGGAAGAGUCUCAUGGGCAGGAGCUGCGAAAGGGGCAAGACAUUACUGCAUGUAACCAAAACUAGUACCAAUGUAAAGGUAGAUCAGACUAAACCUUUCGUUAUGAGUCUCGACCCAGAAGAUCUUAUUCCUUUGGCAACAAUAAAUGCAAACAAAAUAAGUAUCCAAGAAUUAAAAGACAUGGAAAAAUUCAGAAAUUACAAUGAAGGAACACCAUCCUCCACAUUGUUUAUUAAAAACCUAUCCCCAAGUAUUACUCCAAAGGACUUGGCUUCUCUGAUGGGCCACUUUGAGUCCACUCAUGGCCAAAAAAUCUUGUACAGACUCUUGGGAGGCCGCAUGAAGGGCCAAGCAUUUGUCACCUUCCCGGAUGAAGAAGCAGCUUCCAGUGCGCUCAGGCUGUGCACUGGCUACAUGCUGCAUGGCAAACCACUGGUGGCAGUCUUUGCCAAGAAGUUAUAAGCAUGGCUGUGUUAUUCACCGUGGUCAUCUGCUGGUCAUCCAGCCAGCCUUUCCCAUUAUGGGGCUCAGAGUAUAUAGACCAAUCUUCGGGUAGGACUGAGAUCACAAUACACUCUACACACCAGGAAAUGAGGCCUCAAUCCCUUGAGUUGUGAGCGGAGCGUGCUAACCACUACACUAUGCAGUGUGUGGUGUGUGUUCACCUCACAAUGGAAGCAAAGUAUAUUUUUUACCUUUUGCUAUAAUUAAAAAUAUUGGUUUAGGCUUAAAAUAGUGAGAUUUUGUAGGGAAGUUAUAUAAUGAAGGGAAUGGGUAAGUUAUAUUUGUUACAUGAAGCUCUUUUUUUUUCUUUUUUUUUUUUUUCUCUCUCUCUCUCUCUGCAGAAGGUCAUUGUAGUCAUUACAUUGUUAUUGUGCUGGUGAUCCCAAUCAGAGGGUUUGCCUAUGUACUCCUUUGUUGGUCUCUCUCACAACAGCAUUUUACCUUCAACUCAUUUUUUUCUUUUCACUAGAGUUCCUAACUUUUUGUCAUUUUUAUAGUAGGUUUUGCCAUCAAACUGGUGUCUGCUCCACCCAUUGCACUAAUUAUAUGCUCAGGUAAUUGGAUUUGUUUGUGCACUGCAAGGACACAUUCCAUUAUCACUGCUUUCUCCUCUCCCUUCUUUAGUGUUUUUUUUUUUUUUUCUCCUAGUGUGAUGUUGAACAAAAUACUGGUGAUGAUGCUGUUAAAGUUAUUAUUUAUUCAUUGUAAUAUUUAAACCUUAAGAAUAAAUGUACAAGAUUUCUAUUAAAAGUGCAAUUUUUA